UUGGUGUCUGUGGUUAGCCGCUGUCUAAUCUUACAAAAAUAGUCGUUAUUCGAAACUUUGAAUUUGCGAAGCAGGUGAAUAGAUUGCGUUAGGGCUUUUGCGAGCAAUUUCGUGAUUAUGAAUAUAAAUAAGUGUAGUUGUAAAGAGAACCGUGUUCCUACUGCGGGUCGGUCAGGCUGCGGUUGCAACGCGAACACGCACAAAACAAUGGACAGCUUCAAAGUGCCAGCUGUUCCGAUCACACGACCACUGGGCACCAAAGUUAAUGAAAACAAAGAACAUCACCCGUCAGGCCUGGGUGUCGGGGCUGCGAAAAACGAAGAUAAGAAAAAGUCGUGGUCUCUCUCUGACUUCGACUUGGGUCGCCCACUCGGCAAAGGUAAAUUUGGAAAUGUUUACUUGGCACGCGAAAAGGAGUCUCAUUACGUCGUUGCUUUGAAAGUGCUCUUCAAGAGUCAAAUACUGGACUCAGAAAUCGAGCAUCAGGUGCGUCGCGAAGUAGAAAUUCAGUGCCGACUGCGACACCCGAACAUACUACGCAUGUACGGAUACUUUCACGACGAGAAGCGCAUUUACUUAAUUUUAGAAUACGCAAAACAUGGUUCCCUGUACAAAUUGUUAAAGGAAAGAGAGCGCUUCGAUGAGAAAACUGUUGCUGUGUAUAUCAGAGACUUAACUCGAGCCUUAGUGUACUGCCACACAAAGAAAGUUAUACACCGUGACAUCAAGCCUGAGAAUUUGCUCAUCGGACAUAACGGGGAGCUGAAGAUUGCUGACUUUGGCUGGUCUGUACACUCACCAUCUUCAAGGAGAAUGACACUGUGUGGUACAUUAGAUUACUUAUCCCCAGAGAUGAUUGAAGGAAAACCACACAGCUAUGCUGUAGACAUAUGGAGCCUUGGAGUACUCUGCUACGAGCUGCUGGUGGGCCUACCACCUUUUGAUGCCAAGGACUCUCACCAAACAUACAGGAAGAUAAGAUAUGUCAUUAUUAAAUAUCCUGAUUUUAUAACUGACAAAGCUAAAGACUUAAUGGGUAAAUUGUUAGUCAUUGAACCUGAGCAACGACUUUCACUUGUCAAGGUAUUGCAACAUCCUUGGAUUACAGAGAAUGCCCCGGAAGGGUCACAGCCACCUCCGCUCAACCCUGAACAAAAGUAAAUAUAGUUAAAUUUUAAAUAUCCCAAUAAAUAAAUUGUGCCUCACUAAAAAUCUAUGUACUAAUAUUAUAAAUUCUAUUUAAAACAAACAAUUGUCGUGAAGAUCAUAUAUUUAAUUUUCUAAGGUUUUACACUUGAAAGCUUGAAACAUGACUGAACUAUCCAAAUACAUAUUUGUUUCACAAAGCUCUAUGACAAUAAUGUAUGAAUGUAAAUAAUUUUAAUUAUAUAAAUUUCAACUAA